CAAGUACUGGUAAGUAGUCUACGCAAGAUACUGACGGGCUAAAUCAGUCCUAGGCGUCGCUUUCAAUAGUUUAUUAUGGAGGAGUUUGAAUGGCUCAUCAGGAUAAAUAUCUUCCUAGUUGUUGUUAAGAUCAUCUCACUAGAUGGUUUAACAUAGUUCCUAGAUAAAUUAUUAUGCUAGCACGUAGCAUAAAAGCUUCAAGGCAACUCCUAGACGUGUGCACCAGGCUCGGUAUCCCAAUCCCACUCCUAAUCUCAUGACCUGGAUGAGAGAGGGAGAUAAGAGAGAAUCUAUGCUGGAGGAUACGCCGCGCGACUGGAGGUUCCUUUUUCUUUCUGUAGCUUGAUCCUGCAAAAAACAAAACUUCGAGUUGCCAUUAUUAAACAAAACAUGAGACCCAAGUGUUGCAUUUAACAAACUACUGGCUUCGAGAUGCAUUAUCGAAGUAGUAUUCUUUAUUCUCCUGGCCUCGAUAUGCUGAUGGACGGUCUAAAAUUUCUGCAAAGUGCACAUGGUCUCCUUCUCCUUAGACUGGCUUCUCGUUGGUUGAUGAGAUGCAAAUCAAGAUAUUCAAAUCAGACGCAUCUGGACGAACGGCGUCAAUGCUCUGAGUCUUCAUUUUCCACAAAGCAGCUUCUCAAACCCAUUGUCUAGCUUCUCCCUCUCCACCCAAACAACCGUGUUUCCCUGUGUCCUGUGCGUGUGUUUUGGAGCUCCAGGCGUAGCCAUGGCUGAGGUACUGGCCACCAUGGUGGUCGGGCCGCUGGUGUCCAUGGUGAAGGAGAAGGCCUCCAGCUACCUCCUGGACCAGUACAAGGUGAUGGAGGGCAUGGAGGAGCAGCACGAGGUCCUCAAGCGCAAGUUGUUGCACAUCCUGGACGUCAUCAUGGACGCGGAGGAACAGGCAGCAGCCAAGAGAGAAGGGGCGAAAGCUUGGCUGGAGAAGGUCCGGAAGGUGACCUACCAAGCGAAUGAUGUCCUCGACGAGUUCAAGUACGAGGCGCUGCGCCGCAGAGCCAAGGAGGAGGGCCGCUACAAGGACCUCGGCAUGGAUGUAAUAAAGCUCUUCCCUACUCACAACCGUAUUGUUUUCCGUUACAUGAUGGCAAACAAGCUCCGUAUGAUCUUGCAAGAAAUUGAUGACCUCACCAAAGAGAUGAAUGACUUUAGGUUCAUGCUCAAACCAGGGCCACCAGAGCCCACAAAUUACUUGAGGCAGAAUAAUUCUCAUAUCAUCGACCCUGUGAACAUUGCCAAAGAAUCAAGAGCCCGAGAGAAGAAGGAUGUUGUUGAUAGAUUACUUGCCCAAGCUAGCAGCUCGGAUCUCACGGUCCUUCCCAUCGUCAGAAUGGGAGGGUUGGGCAAGACCACCUUAGCGCAGCUCAUUUACAAUGACCCUGAAAUCAAGAAGCAUUUCCAGUUGCGGCUCUGGGUGUGUGUCUCUGAUAACUUUGAGGUGGAUUCCCUGGCUGAUAGAAUACUGAAAGAGAAUGGUUGUAAACCAACUGGUUGCUCAGCAUUGGAGAAGCUUCAAAAUGCAGUGAGUGGGAAGAGGUACCUACUCGUAUUGGAUGAUGUAUGGAACCGUGAUGAGCACAAGUGGGAAAGGCUUAAGUCCUACCUUCAGCAUGGUGGCAGUGGUAGCUCAGUGCUGACAACAACUCGUGAUGAAGCAGUUGCUAAACUAAUGAUGGGUAAAACUGAAGGAGCCUAUAAACUUGAAAGCUUGGGUGCAUACUUCAUAGAGAAAAUAAUCAAGACAAGAGCAUUCAGUUCAAAAGAAGAGGAGUGGCCUGGUGAACUAGUUAAAAUGGUCGGACAAGUUGCCAAGAGAUGUGCUGGCUCUCCUUUGGCUGCUACAGCAUUGGGCUCUUUACUGCGUACCAAGACCACCGAGGAAGAAUGGAAGUCUGUAUUAAGAAGAAGCUCGAUUUGCGAUGAGGAAAAUAAAAUUUUACCAGUACUCAAGCUCAGUUACAAUGGCUUGCCAUCACAUCUGAGGCAGUGCUUUGCUUUCUGUGCUAUGUUUCCAAAGGAUUAUGAGAUUGAUGUGGAAAUGCUGAUCCAAUUGUGGAUGGCUAAUGGUUUUAUCCUAGAGAAACAAGGAGAACGUCCUGAAAUUACUGGUAAAAAUAUUUUCGUUGAGUUGGCAGCAAGAUCUUUUUUUCAAGAUGUGAAGGGAAUCCCAUUUCAGUUCAAUCAUACCGAGGUCUCCAGAAUUACUUGUAAGAUCCAUGACCUUAUGCAUGAUGUUGCAAUGGAUUCUAUGGGAAAAGAAUGUGCUAAUAUAGGUAAAAAACUGAGUAAAUUUGAGGAUUUUCCAUAUUCUGCUCGUCAUUUGUAUUUAUCAGUGCGUCAACCAGAAAAUCUUCUGAAUGCUUCCGUAGAGAAAGGAUCUCCAGCUUUCCAAACAUUGAUAUGUGAUGGAUAUGUAAAAGAAGAUUUGAAGAUCUUAUCAAAAUACAACUCUAUCAGAGCUUUAAAGAUCAAACGAGGUUCAUUCCUAAGGCCGAAAUAUCUUCAUCACCUGAGGUAUCUUGAUCUCUCAAAAAGUGACAUUGAAGCACUCCCUGAAGACAUUAGCAUCCUAUAUCAUCUGCAAACACUGGACCUUUCUUAUUGUGGUGAUCUUCAGCGACUUCCAAAGGAACUGAAGUAUUUGACUUCCCUCCGUCACCUCUAUACUCACGGAUGUAGAAAGUUGAAAAGCAUGCCCGGAGGGCUCGGACACCUCACUUCCCUACAGACACUUACAUGCUUCGUAGCAGGUACCGACUACGGUUGCAGUAAUGUGAGAGAGCUGCAGGAUUUGGACCUCGGUGGUAGACUAGAGCUAAGACAGCUCGAAAAUGUCACAGGAGCAAAUGGUGCGCAAGCGGCAGGUCUUGGAAACAAGAAAAAAUUGACUGAACUGGAGUUAAGAUGGACUGAUGGUGAUCAGGAAGCACAAAAUAAUAAUCACGAAGAGGUGGUGGAAGGUCUCAAACCUCAUGAUGGGCUGAAGGUCCUGAGGAUAUAUUCCUGUGGGAGCAGUACUUUUCCAACGUGGAUGGAUAUGUUGAAUGGCAUGGUGGAGCUUAAGUUAUCUGGUUGCAAAAAGCUCGAGAAGCUUCCUGCACUCUGGCAGUUACCAGCUCUGGAAUUUCUUCACCUAAAAGGAUUGGAAAGUUUACAUUGUUUGUGCAGCGGCGCUACUACAGCCGUCACAUUUCAGAAACUGAAGGCGCUUACCUUGGUUGAGAUGCCAAAAUUUGAGGCAUGGCUGGACACAGAUGUGGUACAAGGAGGACUGAUAUUUCCCGAGGUUGAGAAGCUGGAGAUUGAUGCGUGUGGAAGUUUGACUGCACUACCAAAAGCUGCAUCGGUGAUUACGGAAUCGUCUGGCGGAGUUGACACUAAGUGCCGCUCCGCAUUUCCAGCAUUGAGGAUCAUGAAGUUAUUUUCUUUGAAUAUGUUUGACAGAUGGGAGGCAGUCGAAGGAACUCCAGGAGAUGGGGUAACAUUUCCUCGGCUCGUGGAACUGGGCAUCUUUUCUUGUGCAAGCCUGAGUGCACUACCAAAAGGAGGGUCAUUAUUGGUUGAACAAUCAUUUGGCGGAGCUGAAACUGUAUGCCGCCGCUCUGCAUUUCCAGCACUGAGGAAGCUACACUUUUUAAAUCUGUCGUCUCUUGAGAAAUGGGGGGCAGCCGAUGGAACUCCAGGAGAAGAGGUAACAUUUCCUAUGCUGGUGGACAUGACAAUUGAUAAAUGCCCAAAGUUGACUUAUCUACCUGAAGCACCAAAGCUAAGUGAAUUAGCCAUACAAGGAGAAGGUCAACAAAUAUCCCUGCAGGCAGCUAGCAGAUGCAUUCCUUCGCUGUCCAGUUUGCGUCUGGAUGUGUCACCCGAUGACACGGAAACAACAUUGCUGCAUGUCAAGCAGAAAUGGGAUCAUGAACUCCCCCUGGCAGCUAUGAGGCUAACUAGGUGCGACCUUUUGUUCUCCUCCCACCCAGAUGCACUAGCGUUGUGGACAUGUUUUGCACGGCUUGUAGAUUUGACAAUUUUGAAUUGCGACGCUCUUGUCUACUGGCCAGAAAACGUGUUCCAGGUCCUGGUAUCCCUAAGGAGGUUAUCGAUUUGGAGCUGCAGCAAACUGACAGGACACACACAAGCUUCUGACAGGCAAUCUGCUCCAGAACGGGGUGGACUCCCGCCACGUCUGGAAUCUCUACAGAUAAGUGGUUGCACAUCUUUGGUGGAGGUCCCCAACCUGCCGGCAUCUCUCAAGAUAUUACGUAUUGGUUGGUGCGGUGAUAAUAUCAGGUCCAUCAUAUUCGGUCAGCAUGAGUAUACAGAGUUGUACAGCGGUAGUGAGGCCACGGCGUCUACAGCUGUACUGAAGCUAUCAUCAGCAGACAACCAUCGCUCCCUUCCAUGCCUAGAAUCUCUAAGUAUACAGAGUUGCGAUCGUUUGUCAGAGGUUGCCAAUCUUCCUCCGUCUAUCAAGACCUUGGACAUUUUUGGCUGCGGCAACCUUCAAUCCCUAUUAGGAAAGCUAGAUGUCGUCCAAAAAUUAAAUAUUACCUCAUGUAGACGGUUGGAGUCACUGGAAUCUUGCGUAGGAGAGCUCCGAUCUCUGGAAGAACUCAGGCUUCUUCAUUGCAGAAGCCUGGUGUCCUUACCGGAUGGGCCUCAAGCAUACUCAUCUCUUAGAGUUCUUCAGAUUCAAGAUUGUGAUGGUAUAAAGUUGCUUCCGCGGAGCCUACGGAGCCGUUUGGAUUGCCUCGAGGAGAAGCAUCUAGAUGCCCGUUACGAAGAAACGACUUGGAAACGUGCAAUUAGGACGCUGGCGUGCUCGAAAUAGCAGAUUGAGGACCUAAUAAAGAAAGUUACCAUCAGUUUUUCUUUUUGAGGGGAUAUCACCAAGGAUCGUUAUUACCAGACCUGUGACCGUGGUAGAAGGUAUAACAUACAUUUACUGAAGAUAAUCUCCAGUGAACUCCAUCGGAAGUCCAAGAUUUUAAGCAGCAAACAAGUCCCAGAACGCAAGCUGAAGAAUUUAGCACAUGGAGCUCCGUACUCGAGUCCUUUAUCCUUCUGCAAGCUGAAGUCCUUUAUUUUGAGCAGAAAAACAAGUCCCAGAGUUCAAUCCGAAGAAUUAUAGAAUACCGAGCUCCAUGAUCCAGCUUUUUAUCCUUCUCUUUUCUUUUGAACUGUGACGUGUUUGAAUUCGUGCCUGCUCCAGCACAAGCGAAACACAGCUAGGGCUUCCAUUUCGUGAUGUGCUUUUUCUACAUGACUGCAGAAGAUAAUUGCCAAAUCAAUAGUCGAACAUGUUCAUGUUGUUGUUCGACAGGCUGUUGUUUAAGCUGCUGCUUGAUAUGCACUGAAAGUGCUGAACUUUGUCCCAA